GGAAAUCAAACUUGCGGUCACACGCAUUAGAAUACUUAUUGCAUGUGAACAACAAUAGUUUUUAGUUAAAAACAAUAAAUAAGUUUUAUUGAAAUAGCGUGUGAUUCUGACAUAUAGAGCAAAUAUUCGUAGGCGAUAACUUAACUUUUAGCUCCAAAAACACGAGAAGAGCAAACAAAGACGCUGGCUACAGAGCGACAAGUCAACAAAGAAAUAAAGACGCAAAUACAAUAACAUGUCUGAAACAUACGAUUACCUGUUCAAAUUUCUUAUAAUUGGUAGUGCUGGCAGCGGCAAAAGUUGUCUCUUGCAUCAUUUCAUCGAAAGCAAAUUCAAGGACGAUAGUUCACAUACUAUUGGCGUUGAGUUUGGUUCGCGGAUUGUGAAUGUUGGUGGCAAGUCAGUGAAGCUUCAAAUAUGGGACACAGCUGGACAGGAGAGGUUCCGUUCGGUGACACGCUCUUAUUAUCGCGGAGCUGCUGGUGCACUGCUCGUCUAUGACACAACGUCGCGUGAUUCGUUCAAUGCCCUGACCAAUUGGCUAAAUGAUGCACGUACUUUGGCCAGUCCGAAUAUUGUCAUUCUGCUGGUGGGUAAUAAGAAGGACUUGGAAGAAGCCCGAGACGUCACAUUUCUUGAAGCCAGCAGCUUUGCUCAAGAAAAUGAGCUGAUCUUUUUGGAGACUAGCGCGAAAACGGGCGAGAAUGUCGAGGAGGCCUUUCUUAAGUGCUCAAAAACCAUACUAGCGAAGAUCGAAACCGGUGAACUGGAUCCUGAGCGCAUUGGCAGUGGCAUUCAAUACGGCGGAGCUGCGUUGCGCAAUUUGCAAACGAGACAGCGAAGCAUUAACAAACCUGAUUGCACCUGUCGUGUAUAAGGUCGGAGUGAAAGUUUUAAUAGGAAGAUAAAUCAAGAAUCGGCAUGUAGGCAAGAUAGAUCAUUAACUUUGUAUUAGUUUAGGCGACGCUUAUUAAUCUCAUUUAAUCUAUUGAUACUUGAUACGAGACCGCAUUAUCCUUACGUUUUGUUUUAUAUAUUUAUGUACUUUGUGAGUGUCGCUUCCCUUUUAACAUUUUUAAUGAAUAGUUCGUCUUAAUUAGAAUCGAAUUGGUUAAAACUUAAAAAGUAUCUGGAGUCAGCAGUACAACUUAUAUAUCAUUCCAAAAUAUUAAUUCGAUUUUUCUCAUGAUUUUUAAUUGAUGACUUAAAUUCAUAUGCUGAAUUAAUUGUACAACUUUUUCAUUGUUACUUAUGUAUGUAAAUUGUAAGCACUUUUUUAUUAUAAUUAUUAUUAUUGUAACCAGUGGCGGGCCAAUUAACAACGAUUAUCGACUAGCAUCUGGAGAAAUAUCAAAGUCCGGUAGUGGCGUAUAACAAACCAAAUGAGUCAUUACCGGAUGUAAAAAAAAAAUAAAAAUAAUGCGCCCAGCAUUUUGUAAAUAAGCAAUGUCAACCUCAGCGCUGACAAUGCAAGAUGUAAAGAAAUUUAAAUAAUUAUAUGCACGCGGUAAAUAAAAGCGCUAUCUUAAAUAAUCGAAA